UUCUUCACUCGAUCGACUUUGAAAUGGCGAAAUUUAGUACCCUGAAUCUUUGUGUUUUGCUAGCGCUGGCAAACGCUAAAGUAAUUCUACCAAAAACUCUAACCCGUUUCGAUCCCCAAACGAGCGGUGGAGAUUUUCCCAUCGAGAUCGAUGACACUCCCUAUCAGGUGUCGCUUCAACGAAACGGAAAACACGUUUGCGGAGGAUCGAUCAUCUCAGACAAAUGGAUUCUUACAGCUGCCGACUGCACCGCAUACAAAAAUGCCAAGAGUUUCUCGGUUAGAAUUGGAUCUACCAAACAUGCCGCCGGAGGUCAAGUGAAGAAAGUUGCUAAGAUUGUGUCCCAUCCCGAAUACAGCAUUGAAAAUUCAAUCUACGAUUUUUGCCUGUUGGAACUUCAGGAUACUAUUCAAUUCGACAAUACGAUUCAAACCAUCAAGCUGACCAUUAAAGAGCCGGAAGCCGGAACUAUGGCCCUGGUAUCCGGAUGGGAAGCCACUCAUGUUCCAUGGCAAUUGAAUGCUGAACUGAGGGCGGCCAACGUUCCGAUCAUCAAUCGCGAGGACUGCAACAAGGAAUUCGCUGGGCGUAUUCAUGAGUCGAUGAUCUGUGCCGGGUUCAUGGACCAAGGUGGCAGGGACACGUGCCGGGGUGAUAACGGAGGUCCUUUGGCCAUUGACGGUCAGCUGGUUGGCGUCGUGUCCUUCACCCGAGGCUGUGACGGCGGAUAUCCUGGAGUGUAUUCAAAUGUAGCAGCCGUUCUCGACUGGAUCAAUGAAACCACAAAUGCUUAGGAAUAAUUUGUAAUCUCUAGUACCUACCUAUCCAUUUCUAAGAAAAAAUAACAAAUAUAACUAUCAUUCAAAAAGAAGGUUUUAAGAAACUCUUGGCUGAAUGAACUUAUGAUUUAAAAAUGAUAUAGAUCAAAUCUUUCAAUUUCAUUCAUUACUAUGUGACUGAAUUCAACGAAAUUCAAAACGGGACAAAAAUGACAAAAAUGACAUAAAUGACAAAAAUGACAAAAAUGACAAAAAUGACAAAAAUGACAAAAAUGACAAAAAUGACAAAAAUGACAAAAAUGACAAAAAUGACAAAAAUGACAAAAAUGACAAAAAUGACAAAAAUGACAAAAAUGACAAAAAUGACAAAAAUGACAAAAAUGUCAAAAAUGACAAAAAUGACAAAAAUGACAAAAAUGACAAAAAUGACAAAAAUGACAAAAAUGACAAAAAUGACAAAAAUGACAAAAAUGACAAAAAUGACAAAAAUGACAAAAAUGACAAAAAUGACAAAA